AUGUCGCUUAGUAUGAAACAGAUGUCGUUGAUCGUGUCUGCCUUAGGCGUCUUGUCUUUUCUUUUUGGAGUGAUCGCAGAGAACAAGAAGCCUACAACUGGAACACCAAUAAAUGGAAAGGGAGUAACUAUCUGCAAAUACCCAAGUGAUCCAAGUGUUGCUUUGGGUUACUUAUCAGUAGCAUUUCUAUUGUUAUGUACUGCAGCAGGAUACAACUCCUUGUUCUUUUCUUACAAAGGAAAGUCAGUUCCCAAAUCUGUCUUGUUCAAAAGCACAAGUUUCUCUGUUUUCUUCAACAUUGCCUUGGUAACAUCUGGACUUGCAUUGUCAUUGCUUCUAUGGACAACCAUUACGGAGCAACUCUAUUUGACCCGUAACGUUUAUCGUAACCUCGAAACCGAUUGUCCAACGGCUAAGUCCGGUCUGCUCGGUGGUGGGGCGUUUUUGUCGCUAGACUCGUGUCUUUUCUGGUUGGUUUCUCUCAUGCUUGCUGACAAUGUCCGUGACGAUCACUUGGAUGGAGUCGAAAACAGACGCAACGAUGAUAAUUCAGAGGCGUUUUGA